AUGUUUAACUCAAUACCACAGAACGAUGAGUCAGACCCAACAAUAAAACCAGAACACCAAUCACAUGAGAGAAUGACCAUCAAACCAUCACAUCAACAUAAAUGUCCUCGAGUUAUUGUACCGAGAACAUCGCAAAGACCAGAUCCUCAACAGUUUAUGAGAAUGCAACGGAUUCUUCAUUCAGUUUCUUCGAAUAUCGUUUCUGCAAUUUUAAGAGGUGUCAACAUAUACGACGAUAAAACAUAUUGUUUAGUGGAUCAUCUUGAGUACAUCAUGCGUCAUUAUGGACACCAUCAUUAUAGUUACAUGGAUGAAACAGAUGUGAAACAAAUGAUGUCUGAUAUAAUUAAAGGAUACAAAAUAGACAAAGUAAAGGAACACCAUAGGAAGACUAAACGAUCUAGUCAUAAUAACGAUGAACAUUUUGGUCUACACUCAAAUCCUCAGAUGAACCAUUUUACCGGUCAACAUUCAAACCCUCAAAUGAACCAUUUUCCAAGUCAACAUUUAAAUCCUAAAUUCAACCAUUUUCCAAGUCAACAUUCGAAUCCUAAAAUCAACCAUUUUCCAAGUCAACAUUCAAAUCCUCAAAUGAAUCAUUUUCCUGGUCAUGAAUUCGAUGCAAAAUACAGAACAAACAAAGCUUCAAGUUUUAAUGAUUUUGUUGACACAGACAGUACCGGCUCAGUUCUAAAUUUUUCUAAGUUAUUGACAACCGGAGAAAUGGUGCAAAUGGUGGAAAGGAAGUUUGAGCAUCACAUGACAAACCGAAUAACGAGAGAACAAUUUCUAGACAUCUGCCCGUCUGUAAUAUACAGUUUGUUGCAGCGUUCAGAAAUCAAAGACAAAGAAGAUUUGGUAAAAGAUCAUGUCCCUCCUUCAGCUCUUGAAAUAUAUGGAUUUGGAACAGCAAGCGUUUUUGUUAUCAGUUUAGCUUCACUUGUUGGGGCUGUAUUCGUCAAACUAUCACAGAAGGUUAUAAAAGACUAUCUCAUGGGAAUGUUACUUUCACUGUCAGUCGGUUGCCUGGUUGGUGAUGCCAUUCUACAUUUACUGUCUGAGGUUUUAGCAGACGAAAGCAAUGGAGAAAAGGCAAGAGUGACAGAGAAUUUGACAAAACAAUGCGCACUACUUGCUAGUAUUUAUGGAUUUUUCUUACUGGAACUGACAUGUUCUUUUCUGAAAAGUAGCACAAAAGACAAGAAAGAUGAUGAUUACCAAUGCCAAAACGAGGAGAACCAAACUAAAGGUCAAAGAGAAAAAGAUAAAUCUGCCCUUGCUUGGAUGGUGAUAGUAGGGGACGCAAUACAUAAUUUUGCAGAUGGUCUUGCUAUAGGCGCUGCCUUCAGUAAAGACAUAACAGUUGGAUUAUCUACCUCAAUAGCUGUGUUUUGCCAUGAGUUACCCCAUGAGUUAGGAGAUUUUGCAGCCUUAGUGUCUAGCGGUUUGUCAAUCAAAAGAGCCAUGGUUUUGAAUUUCAUUUCAAGUCUGACAGCGUUUUUAGGGUUAUAUAUAGGCAUACUAGCAAGCUCAAAUGAUGUUGCUAGAUCCUGGAUAUUCUCAGCUGGUGCAGGCAUGUUCAUUUAUGUGGCCUUAGCAAACUUAAUUCCAGAAGUACUGAGCUAUUUCAAAAGAAUACCAAAUUUGUGUAUGUUUCUGUCGUUGAACUUCGGACUAUUAUUCGGCUACGUCUCAAUGUUGCUUUUGGCUAUAUACGAGGCAGAUUUUGAAUUACCAUAAAUCUGUGUAAAUAUUAGACUAUCUAGCAGACAUUAUUCGUCCAUAAAACAAAUACUCAAUGAAAGUAAUACACUCCAUUUCCUUUGUUGGAAAAUGUGCUAAUGCAUUGGUCCGUUUACACAAUAUCAAAAUCUUAUUAACUUAUAACUCAGAAAUUAAAUUUCAUUUUUGUAA